ACUGUAGAUUAAUAGGCCAAGACAUAAUAGUACCCUCUCCAAAACGCUCAUUUCUAGGUGAAGGUGUAUAAAAACAAAAUGAUUCGCAUCAUUUCGAUUUUUUACUUCUAAAGUUACUCGACGAGUUAAACAUGACCGCAGAUAUUAAGUAUACGGAUGUGGAUAGUCAAGUAUCGGACAUCCUAAAGAAGUGUUUCGUUACAAGCUUCCGAAACGGAUACCUUAAAGCUAAUGACGUCGUUUUGCCCGUUUACUUUCAAAAGUUUGGUCAGCGUAUACUUGAUAUGGAUAUAAGAGAUGAUGACAUAUGGGUUUGCAGCUUUCCCAAAACAGGCACAACAUGGACCCAAGAAAUGGUAUGGUGUAUAGCCAAUGAUUUAGAUUUUGAAGGAGCAAAACAAUUUCUCCCCGAAAGAUUUCCAUUUUUGGACCACACUCCGCUUUUUGAUUACGAAAAAGUUUUGCCAGAAAAGCCAGAUCUUAAACUCCCACUUUAUGUAUCAGAUUCAAUUGAAUACAUUAACCGCAUGAAGUCACCAAGGUUUAUAAAAUCUCACCUUCCUUAUAAACUAUUACCAACAAAACUUAGAACUCAAUCUACCAAAGCAAAAAUUAUUUAUGUUUCAAGAAAUGCCAAAGAUACAUGUCUUUCCUAUUAUCAUCAUUGUCGGUUGUUGGAAGGAUACACAGGGAAUUUUGGCGAUUUUUGUAGACUAUUUUUGUCAGACUCGCUGUGCUUCAGUCCGUUUUUCGAACACAUACUAGGAUUUUGGAACUGUCGGGAUCAAGAUAAUUUGCUUUUUUUAAAGUACGAAGAUAUGAAACAGGAUCUUCGUUCAGUUAUUCACCAAACUGCUAAGUUUUUGGGUAAAAAUUUAGCCGAUGACCAAGUACUUCCAUUGGAAGAUCAUUUGAGUUUUGAAAGUAUGAAGAAAAAUAGAGCGGUUAAUUACGAGCCAGUGGUUGAAAUAAAUAAAACUUUUAAAUUAAUCGAUGCUGAUGGAAGCUUCAUGAGGAGUGGUACAGUCGGAGGUGGUAGAGAAAACAUGCCACAGGAGUUUCUUAAGUUAUUUGAUGAGUGGGAAAAUAAAUGCUUGGAAAAAAGUGGCUUAAAAUUUUAAUCUUGGUUAUUUGUUAAUUUUUUUUUAGGUUAAACAAAGUUUAAUUAAAUAUACAUAUUAUAAUAAGCA